AUGAGGAAGGUGAUAGUUGUGGAUGCCACCAUUUUGAAGAAUGGAUAUGGUGGUGUACUAGUAUUUGCUAAAGCUCAAGAUCCUAAUCGUCACCAUUAUCCGCUAUUGAUUGGUGUACUCAACGGUGAGAAUAAUGAUAGUUUGACAUGGUUUUUCGAGAUGCUCAAAACUGCUAUACCAGACUCUUCUGAAUUAGUUUUUAUGAGCGAUAGAAACCAGAGCCUCAUCGUGGCUGUAGCUAAUGUGUUUCCACAAUCUCACCAUGGCCAUUGUAUAUGGCAUUUGUCUCAGAAUGUGAGAGGGCAUGCUUGUAACACAACCAAAGCCGUAGUCGGAUGGAGAUUUAUGGAAUUGGCUAGGUGUUACACGUUGGUUGAGUUCGAGUCUGCUUAUGCAUCUUUUAAGGUGAGAUAUCCUCCAGCGUACAAGUAUUUGGAGGAGCAUACUGAUAAAAGCACAUGGGCUCGGGUUCAUUUCCCAGGUGUCAGAUACAACUUGGACACUAGCAACAGUGUGGAGUUAAUGAACAGUGUGUUUAAGGACGCCAGGAGGUAUGCUUUAAUACCAUUGUUGGAUACAAUCAUCAAAAAGUUUUCUGACUGGUUUAAUGAAUAUCGGAAGGACUCUGUGGCUAGGUCGAUUGAUACUAAACUGGUGUAUGAUUAUGAAAAGUAUUCUUGUCUGCACGGACUUGCUGCUUACUUAUAUUUCCUUGAGGUUGAAGCUGCUCCUGGUCGUCGACGUGAUAUCAGGAUAGAGUAUCAUGAGUUGUGCUCGAAAUAUUACUGGACGGAACUUUGGGCAUUGGCUUAUUACAAGACCAUUUAUUCUGUGCCGGACAUGUCUGAAUGGAAUGUACCAGAUCACAUCAAAGAGCUUCAGAGUAUACCUCCGGAUCGCCUCAAGAGGAAGGGAAGGAAAAAGAAUAAGAGGAAUCCAUCUGUUGGGGAACAACGUAAAAGGACACAAAACAUAAGGCGGCCAAGGAAAAAUUUCGGUUUCAGUUGGCUGUUGUUUGGAAUGCGUAGUAGUAAUCCCAGUGAAUCAAACUAG